UCGUCAGGAUCGUUUUGCAUCAGUCGCAAAUAACUUGGAGUUUGAAAUUUCCCAUUGACAAUAACUUCGAGUUUGAAAUUUCUAACGAUCAAGAGCAUGUAGUAAAGUUUUCUGUUUCAAUUAUCACACUGAAAUCACUGCAAUCUCAUCUCCAGCGCUUCCGCCACCACCAUGAAGCUCAACGGGUUCCUCCCCCGCAGUCUGUCUUUCGUGCGUCUGAUGCAAACCUCAGCCAGCGCACCCGCCACCAAAUCCCCCCUGGCCACGCUGCGCCGCCGCACGGGCUACACCUUCGCCAACUGCAAAAAAGCCCUGGAACAGUUCGGGGAUGAUCUGCCCAAAGCCGAGGCCUGGCUGCGCGAUCAGGCGCAGAAGGAAGGCUGGGCUAAAGCCACGAAACUGCAGGAUCGCGUCGCGGCGCAGGGUUUGGUGGGGAUCCGUGUAAAGCCCGAGGACGGACUGGGCGUCCUGGUGGAAGUCAACUGUGAGACGGAUUUCGUGGCGCGCAAUGGGAAGUUUCAGGAGCUGGUGUGUACAAUUGCGGAGGCCUGCACGAAGGAGCUGGAUAUGAAAGCCAUCGACGGCGCGUCGUAUCAUAAGUGGUCGUUAACGCCAGAUCGGAUUUCCAGUUUUAAAUGGGCGCAAGGAAAGACGUUGGGUGAUCUUACGGCGUUAACGAUAGGCCAGAUGGGAGAAAAUAUGGUGCUGCGGAGAGCGGUGCUUGUCAAAGCGGAUCCUCGGGAAUGCAAGAUCAGCGGCUACGCACAUUCAGCCGACAACGCCCACCACCCCCACAACUGUCUCCUGGGCCGGUUCGGCGCCCUGGUCGUCUACCGGCAGACCCCCAACCCCGAGGCCCUCGAUCCGCAACUCACGCCGACCUCCCUCACCGAUUUCGGUCGGCAGUUGUGCCAGCACGUGGUGGGCAUGAACCCGCAGAGUAUCGGCAGUCUGGAGGAUGAACCCAUCCAGCGACCACCACCCCCACCGCCCCAAUCAUCACCGGCACCACCGGCUGCGGCCCCGGAGACUGCCGCGACGGCGCCCGAGGGUGGUGCGCUGCAGAUUCCGGUGGUGGGUGCGUCCGCCACUGCGACCGAGGGCCAGGUGCCCGAAGGCGAACAGGACGACCAGCCCGUGACCUAUGAUCGCAUUCAGGAGGACGAGACGCGGCUGGUGCAUCAGGAGUUCCUGGGGGAUACGUCCAUGACGGUAGGCGAGGCGCUGCUGCAGAACGGGGUGGAGGUGCUGGAUUUUGUGCGGUUUGAAUGCGGCGGCGGUCGGACGGAGGAAGCUUGAAGGGAAGCAAGCAAAUUUUCUUUUUUUUGUUGUUUUGCGGUUUUUCACGUUGACGAGGCGCGAUUUCCUUUUUGGGCAGUGUUUUACGAAAGUAUGCUGCAUGUUUUUAUUGAUUAGUCUGUGUUUUACGGAAAAACAAGAGAUGAUGGAUAAUUGGGCUUCUGCAUGAAAUCGCGUGGAAUUCAGAUGAAAAAACAACCGACAAAUUCA